AUGUCUUUGGAGGAAGCGCCAAUGAGUGCAAAGUUUAGACGCGGGCUCCGUAACUACAACGGAACCAGCCUGCUGGGUCUCAGUAGUAACGAGUGGUCCGCGGUCCGCGCCGUGAACAAGGAUGUGGAAGAGGCGCUGGUCGGCGUCUUCAAACGUCUAUCGCUGUCAGAAGGCGGUGACGCGGCAGGAAGGCCGUCUAUCGCGUUCAUGGAGUCGAGCCAGUGGCAUCACCGGCUCCCGCGCCUAUUCCUGAAAACGUUCAAUCGCGUGCAGAAUCGUUCGGCGAUUGCGAGUCACUUCAACGCCGACCGCGUGAUCAGCUACCUUUCAUCGCAGGGCAUCAACGUCGAGCGGUUUGAAGAGUCGACGCUCGACUUAGACGGCCGCCUCCACCAGUAUAUUGACCUGCUGCUCCACGUGUGUUACCGUGCCAAGGCCAUGGCCUCCGAAGUCAUCACCACCCGAACUUCCGUGGCCGAGGGCGAAGAAUCUAAAGAUGAACCCGAUGAAGAUCGUGACGCAGACGAAACGGCAUCGUUCGAUGCGUACCAAUGCCCAUUCAAGAUCGGUCUGGUGACUGCUGAGAGUAGACGUGAUUACGUUUCCACUAACGCGCCCAGCAUGUCCAUGCUGUUCUUGUCGCUGGCUUCUAGUGUGAACAAAGCGUUGAAGCGCAUAUCUUCCACUGGCAACAUCGAUAUGUCCGCCGUCGAGGACCGAUGCAUGCACCUUGACCUGUUCGUGGGUCGCAAGGGUGCCGGCGUGGGCUACGUACACGACAUGCUGAUGGACUACGCAUCCUGGGGCUACUUGAAGCUGAGACCGAACGAAGAGCCGCCACGUGAUGCGACUUUGACGGAGAUGUUUGAACACGUGACGUACGUGUCCAUCGACAAGAUCGGCACCGUCGGCAAGAGCGUUGCCGACAUCGGUUUUUCGUUCGCGCCGUGCGGCUUCCUGGUCCCGUAUCUGAUGGGAACGCUUAGCUUCCUGAGCGAAAUGAACAUCUUAAACGCCACCACCCCGUUGACCGGUGGCUCCGCCGGCGCCAUAACCGUUGUGGCCGCGAGCACCGUGAGACCCGACGUAGUCGAGCUGAUGCUCAUCACCGAGCAGAUGUGCGAGGAAGGGCGAAUUAAGGGCCCGUUACACAACCUGGACAAGCUGGUGAAGAGCUCUCUGGAUCGGUGGCUGAUCCCCGGAAUGUACCGCGUGGCGAAUGAGCGCAUCGGCGAGCUGCGUGUCAGCAUGGCACCUCGUAAAGGUUUGAGGUACUACGGCAAGGUCGUAUCGCAAUUCAAUGACAACGAAGACAUGCGUGACGCCGUUCGCGUGAGCUCCAAUAUCCCCGGCCUCUCGAGCAAAGAGCCUGUGUACUUCCGUGGUGAGGUAUGCUACGACGGUUUCUUCGCGUGCGAGAGGAAAGAUUACUGCUGUUGUCCCACAGGCGCGAAGCGCACUGUGCGCAUAAACCCGUUCAUCAUGGGUCGUAUGAAUCUGAAUCGCCAGCUGCUCUGCAACGAUUACAUCAACCCGUUCCUGGAGGGCAAGGACGUGUACGUCGUGCACUAUCUGCGGCUGAAGUGCCUAAUGCGCUUGUUGUGGCGUCGGAAAAUCGACUACGAAAAGAAAGGCAACGUGGGUGAAUGGCGCAACGAGGUGGAAUCUAUGAUAAAUGCGUACGACAUGCUAAAGGGCGACCUGCCGGUAGGCCACCAGUUGUGGCCCAAGAUUAAGCACUUCUUUCAGCGUGCUAUAAAGAGCAAAUCGGACGAAGAGGAUAUGAGCAGUAUCGCUUGGUCUACGGAGUGUGUGAGGAUAUUCAAGCCGGAGCUUGCGGAGCUGUUCAUGCUUGUGGUCGCUUCCGAGAUCGGCCUGGGCGUCGAUACCGAAUCCAAAUUGUCAGCCCGCAACUUCCCCGGCAAGAUAGAUGGUGUUGAUUUGAUGGCCCGUUACGGUCUGAAGAGGGGCGUUCUCAUGCUGGCACGCACCAGGUUCGUGGCUACACCGUACUGCCUGCUCGACUGGCUGCGCCACGAGCUCGAGGCCACCGCGCGGUUCCCAAGCGACUUACCGCCGCCAACGCCGAGCGAUCCCGAGCUUGAACUGCUGAAGGAUAUUCGUCACUCCCUCAUGCCGCCGAUGUCGCUGCUGUACUACUACACCGAGUUCCCCUAUCUGCUGCCCAGCAGUUUGAACAAUUUGCAGUGCGUAAAUGUAGCCCUUAAGUCGGCUGUCACUGCCGACAUUCGCUACCUGUUCGAUGUUGGAAGGUGCGACGCGUUUAGGUGGCUGAUUUUUGAGUAUAUAUCGUUUGAGAACUGGCUGCACCUCCGCAUUCGGCAGUUGGAGAAAGCCGCUGCUCCCAAACGGUCGAGCGUGGACGGCACUCAGGAAGUGAAUACAGCCGCUUCUAAGCCAGAGAGCGAUGCCAAACCGAUCCACGAACGGCAGAGGAAGAUGCUAUCGGACUUUGUGGAGUUCAUCGACCUGGCCUCCAUCAAGGCGGCAGAAGGCGAAGAAGCGGGUGCGACGCAGGCUGACGCCCACCUGAAUACGCUGCAGAAUCGGCUGUUCAGGCAGGCCAUGCUGCUGGACGUGAUCCCGCCGAACUACUCCCACUUCGCUGGCCACUCGCACCUGUGGUGGCAGUGA